UAAAAAUUAAGUACCUCAGAAAAUUGCUUAGUUUUUUAUCACCUUGCGCAAACAAUGUUUAGAAAUGUUUGCCAAGUGCAGUUCAGCUAGGAGUUGCCCAACACUCAAUUGUUUUGCCAACAAUUCUUUUCGGGGGGAAGACCUGUGCUAACCUAAAUAAUGCUAUAAACAAAAGCUCCUUCCUCCCCCAAAAGGUAGUUUAUAGCAUGGUUUUAAACAAGUUUGUAACAGUGUUUGGUUUUCAUGCAAACAGGGUUGCAGCCAUGCUAGGCUCCACAUAGCCCAAGAAAUCCCAAUAGGGCAAGUCUCUGAGGCACUGAUCCAUCAAUCCAUCCUUUACUUUCAUGGGCCUGCAUGUGGGCACAAGUGUCCCCCCACAUGAACAGCUUGCGGGAUCAGGGCCUGUGGCUUGUAACCCAUAAAGGAAACUGCCUUCUAUGUUAACUGCUUGAGUUUAGAUAAGGGUUGAGUGAUAAACUGAGAAUGUCCUACUGCUUGUCAGCUUGUCACAGCCUUGGUAUUUAAUGUAUUUAAUAAUUGAGCCUAUAGUCAGCUGCUUCUUUAAUCUAUGCUUUGAGAUGAAAGCAUCUUGAUAACUUUGAAAUUGUAAAAUAUUAUGUCCCCUUUUCAUGGUCUCCCUUCCCUUUUGGAAGGAGAAGGGUGUCUGACAUAAUUGGACUUCGCCCUUGAAGAUAAAAAGGAAUCACUUAAGUGGAGUCUUAAAGUUACUUCCUGAAAGACAGUUGUCAUGCUAACCUUCUGUACCCUGCUCAACAAUGAAGUUAAAGGCUAGAAGAGAUAAGAAGCUGAUUGUAGCCGACUGCUUUGAGUAUACAGAAGGCCUUGUAGUUAUACAGCUGCACGUUUCAUCAAAUAAUCAUUUCAUUGAUGUAUGAUCAUUAAGUAGAACAGAAUGAUUCUAAUAAAGCAAUUUAGUCUGUCUCUCCCCCUGCCCCCCAUCCCCUACUCCUUUUUAUUCCUCUGUGGUGUUGAAUAACAAAUGGGCACGGAAAUAGAACCAUUUAAGCCUUUACAGUGGUCUCCUUGUAGCAGUAUUACACAGCAUUUCAUUUAAUUAGUUUAUAAUGAAGAGGUUUUUGGUCGUCUUAGGCUUGGUUUUGGGACGCAUGUGUGUGUUGUGAAUAAUGCAUUUUAUUUCUGAGAACACAGAAUCUUUGGUUUAUUUUUUUUUACCCCGUUUUUUUAAUUUGAUAAAAUUUGACAGUUUUUAAAAAAAAAAUACUGAUGAAAGGUUCCAUUGUAUAGCAGUAAUGCCAUUCUCCACAUGUAGAAUAUUGCUUUAGACAGGGUCAGAGAAUUUUAGGGAUGUUAAUGAAUCAUUAUAAUGCCCCCUGUACGGUACAUACAUUUUACUCACAUUUUAUAGGUAGAGAAACUGAGACAUGGUAGUUAGGUAAUUUGCCCAAGGAGUCAUAGAGCAGGGUGUGGAACUCAGGUCUUCUAACACUUUAUCAUCUCUUUUACUAGGAAACUGCCAAAUAUGCCAUUAUAAUCUCUUCUCUUCAGGGGACUGUAAGUGUCAUAGAAGCGUCCUGGGACUUUAGGCAAAGUGUCAGCUUUUAAACAAAAUGGAGUUUAAAUUGGUUCAAUUUCUAGGCUACAGGAAUGCAUGGGAGUGGAUGGUACUGCAGUGCAAAGCCUUUUGUCUGGCUCUAUCCAGUUGGGUUUGGUAGCAGCUGAACGCUGGUGCUCUGUUUGCUUCUGGGAAACAAACUGACAACAUUCUGUUCUUCAGCAAAUAGGUUUUCCCUUUGCAAUUGGCCACUCGUAGAGAGUCUUGGUGGGUAAGAAGUGAACAGGCACAGAGAUUAGACGAUCAUCUCACUUUUUAGAGGUGGUACCAGAGAAAUUGGGUCUGCCCUGACGAGAAUGUGCAUGAGACACAGAAGUAUAGAGUCCAAACUCAGGCAGUUUUCAAGUGCUUUAAUUGACUGUCUGAUAAACCCACUUCAAGAACAGAUGGAAGAGUGGAAGAAAGUGGCCAAUCAACUGGAUAAAGACCAUGCAAAAGAGUACAAAAAAGCCCGCCAAGAGAUAAAAAAGAAGUCGUCAGACACGCUGAAACUGCAGAAGAAAGCAAAGAAAGCUGAGGCUCUGGGGAGAGGAGACAUCCAGCCCCAGUUGGACAGUGCAUUACAAGAUGUCAAUGAUAAGUACCUGCUGCUUGAAGAAACUGAGAAGCAGGCUGUUAGAAAGGCCCUCAUUGAAGAACGCAGUCGCUUCUGUACUUUUAUCUCGAUGCUGCGGCCUGUGAUAGAAGAAGAAAUAUCAAUGCUAGGAGAAAUAACGCAUCUACAAACCAUAUCAGAUGACCUGAAAAACCUCACUAUGGAUCCUCACAAAUUGCCAUCAUCAAGUGAACAGGUGAUUCUAGAUUUGAAAGGUUCUGAUUACAGCUGGUCAUAUCAAACUCCUCCAUCCUCUCCCAGUACCACCAUGUCCAGAAAAUCCAGCGUUUGCAGCAGUCUGAACAGCGUUAACAGUAGUGAUUCCCGGUCGAGUGGCUCACACUCUCACUCACCUAGCUCACACUAUCGCUAUCGCAGCUCCAAUCUGCCUCAGCAGGCGCCCAUGAGACUGUCCAGUGUGUCAUCCCAUGAUUCUGGAUUCAUGUCCCAGGAUGCUUUCCAGUCCAAAUCGCCAUCCCCUAUGCCACCCGAAGCACCUAACCAGAAUUCGUCCAGCUCUGCCUCUUCAGAAGCUUCUGAAACCUGCCAGUCAGUGAGCGAGUGCAGUUCCCCCACCUCAGUCAGCUCAGGCUCCACCAUGGGGGCUUGGGCCUCCACAGAUAAGUUGUCUAAUGGGUUUUAUCACUGUAGUUUAUCAAGUGACCCAUACCUAGCUUCAGUUGGUGCAGGUCCUUUCCCUCAUUUCCCGCCUGUCUCCCGCACAUGGACUCGGGCUUCCUCAACCCUCCUUCCAGACCGCGGUCAUUAUUACACCAUUGGGCCAAGCAUGUUAUCAUCAUCUAAGAUCCCUAGCUGGAAGGAUUGGGCUAAACCAGGUCCGUAUGAUCAGCCUAUGGUGAACACCUUGCAACGCCGCAAAGAGAAACGUGAACCAGACCCUAAUGGAGGAGCCCCAAGUGGACCAUCUGUGCCCACUGAGGAGGCCCAGAGACCUCGGAGUAUGACUGUGUCAGCUACCACAAGGCAGGGAGAGGAGAUAGAAGCAUGCGAGGAGCUAGCUCUCGCUCUGACAAGAGGUCUGCAGCUGGACACCCAGAGAAGCAGCAGAGAUUCCUUGCAGUGCUCCAGUGGCUACAGCACUCAGACGACCACACCGUGCUGCUCGGAGGACACUAUCCCGUCACAAGUUUCAGAUUAUGAUUAUUUCUCUGUGAGUGCUGAUCAGGAGACAGAACAACAAGAAUUUGACAAAUCCUCAACCAUUCCAAGAAACAGUGACAUCAGCCAGUCCUACCGCAGAAUGUUUCAGGCCAAGCGUCCUGCUUCUACGGCAGGCCUGCCAACGACGCUUGGACCUGUAAUAGUUACACCCGGUGUUGCAACCAUCAGACGGACCCCUUCCACCAAACCUUCGGUCAGACGAGGUACCAUAGGGGGGGGUCCUAUUCCAAUCAAAACUCCAGUAAUUCCUGUCAAAACGCCAACUGUACCAGAUGUACUAGGGGGACUGCCAGGCAUCCUGGGUGGGGCAGAAGAAUGUGCUGAGCAGAGUCCUGAGUCUGAAUCAGCAGGCGACGGUGGGCAAGGAGUCAACAGUAUGCUUUCUUCCUUGUGGAGCGGGCAAGCAUCUGUCAACCCUCCACCACCAAGCCAGAAGCUGAAUACCCCAGAUGAGCAGAGACAAGCAGUCCCUGAAAGUGAGGGAGAAGAAAGCGAAAGGGAUAGCUCAAGCACCCUUGCCCCCCCAUGCCAGCCAAAAUGUGACCCAGGAGACCUGAGCCCUGGAGAUGCCCCACAAGGCGAAGACAUGCUGAACGCCAUUCGCCGUGGUGUCAAACUGAAGAAAACUACCACAAAUGAUCGCUCGGCACCUCGUAUUUUGUAGACAGGAGAGUGCUGCCAGAGUUCUAGUCACUGAGAAUGAACUGUGAUGAAACCUUAUUUGUCUCUAUCCAUUCCAAUCUAUAAUCAAAAGCUUUUGUAGGAAACUCAGUAAUAGACCGUUUUGAAGGUACUAUAAAGGGGAAAACAAGAUGAAAGCGCAUAGUAACAGACAUUUUCACUAGUGUUUUAAUUUGUAAAUAUCAAUGAUUUUGUUUCUGCACGUUUUUGAUCUAAGACCCCCUUUUAAUUUUUUCUGAAGGUGCCAAAUCCCGUUUAACUUUUGUAUAACUCUUUGUAAAGUUUUAAAUACGCAAGAGGGAAAAAAAAAUUAAGUAGUUAACUUUGGCAAGGAGAUUUACUGCAUUUGGCUUUUUUGCAGGUUUUUGUAGAGCACCUUGUAAUAGUGAGGUUUAAAAGAAAUGAUACUUCUGUGUAUAAAUGAACCAGUAAGGAAUAGAUACUCAUUUAAGUAUAAUGAUUUUGUUUGUCUGUUUGAAAAGCAGGAAUAACAAUUGAUAAUAAAAGCAAUAUAAUGCAAGAAAGAAACCUGCAAUUGGUAGAGUAUUGGGGGAUAAUUGGGGGAGGGAAAUGCCAUCAAAAUAGCAGAUGCUGUUGCACAAGAGUAGCCUAGUAGGAUUAAGUGCUAGUAGCUUCACAGUAAGUGCAUCCGAAUAAGCCAUAUUGGAUUGCGGUGUUUGUUUCUGUAGCGUGUUUAAGACUUUAGUUUUUUCCCCCCACGUUUCUUCUAGACUGCACAGCAACAACUUUCAGUCAUAUGCAUGCCACCUGAACUGUGUAGGCUUAGAUGUCCUCCAUUACUUUCCAUUUUGCUCAUCCUUUCAUCGAAUACAAACAAGUUCAAGAGGCUUAAGGCAGUUACAAAUGUGAAAACGUUUUAAAAAUGAUAGCAGGGAGUUCUUAGAUAUAUCAAAAUGCCUUUUAGUGACUGAGCCCAGCAGGCUGGGCACCCUGAAAAGCCCAAAUAUUUUGAGAAAACACUUAAUGAUUUGACCACAGUCACCAGCUCAAGAUCUAGUAAAUUGCAAAUAUAUUUCAUUUCCAAUUCAGGGGCUUGUUUUUCUUACCGUCUUUUAAAUGGCAGUUGAUUGGCUUUUACUAAAUACGGAAAAAUAGGGGGGUGGGCGAAAGAUUUGUAUUUAAUGUCACUUCUCUGAGACUGACCACUCUGUUCCCUUUUUUGUAUUCUAGGUAAUGUAUUUUUGGAAUGUUGUUGAUAGAAUUAUAGAUCAGAUGGAUUUUUUUCUUAAAGUAAAAUUAAGUUAUGACUGCAGUACCCAUCUCCUGAAGCCAAUAGAAAUGUGCACAACUUGGAGUGCCGCAAGUGUUCUGUUCAAACAGUCUAAAAGGGCACAACCUGCCUAUCUUCAUCAACCCCAAAAGUGAGAUAGGUACCAGGCUUGUACAUUUGUGACUGUUAAAAUACACCAAAAAAAAAAAAAAACGUAAGGGGCUAGUUUCCACCAAACACUGCAGAUUUCUGUUGGCUUUUGUCUUGCCUACAUAACCUCUUAUGCUUUAAUACAUAACUGCAUUGGAUGUGAGACUUCUUGUAACUGAAUAGUCACUCUGUUCUAUAUAAUAUUUACACUGCUGUGGUUGCUUAACAUUUUUAUAUUAUGGCUUUAAAGCAAAAAGGCAUGAUUCUUAAAAUAUAUGAAACCUUCCUUUCUUUGAAAAACAAGCUCCUUAUUACCGAAUAUAAUAAACAGUAGUGCCUGUGGUGGAGCCCACCGAUCUUGAUAAAGUAGCUGAUGCAUUGUGCAAAUGAUGCUUUGAGAUGGUUUUUGCUUAAAAAAAACUGUUAGGAAAUAAUCUCAAUAGUUAAAAGUGUUAUUUAAACCUUUGAAAUAAAUGGAUGUAACUGUACCGAAGUACAGCUUUUCACUUGUUUAGUUCUUAAACGUAAGUAUAAUCUCGGUAAAUGUAAUAUAAAAUGUUGCCAAAUUCAAUGUAGAAAGAAUGUGACAAAACACUUUGGAUAGUUCUAUUGUUUGUGUUUUUGCAUAUUGUAAAAGCAGUGUCACAGCUAAAAAAUAAAAAGUUUCUAAUGGUAAAUUAUUGUGGUUUAGUUGCUAGUUUGUACUGAGAGUUGACCUCUCCUUGUGCAGUUUUUUGUUCUAAACUGGUAUAAAUAAUUGCUGUAACUGUGGGUCUCCCUUCUACAUUGUAAUGAUUGCUUCAGCCUACAUUAUAAAUAAAGAACUGAUGGAAAA